GAGAGAAAAUCCCAGAAAGAAAAUUCAAACUUCCAAAUUUCAAAGUACACAGUAUGCUAGAUCUGUGUUUGGGAGGCUGUUUACUUUCACUCACUGAAAGCCCCUGUUUUUGUUAAAUACAACCAGAAAUCUCUCACAAUCCUCCGGAAAAUUCAAAAAAUCUCGAAAAUUUAUGAGUUUCCAAAACCCUGUAAUGCCCAUCCUCUCACCAGGAUUCCCUUUCCAUGUUUGCAAAUUCACCUGCCAAAGUUUCAAACUUUCCUUAGAAAUCUAGUGUUUUUCCGCUGUAGAUCAGAGUCUAUGUAUUGGUGUUCAGCAAGCGUUAAGCCAGCAAACAAACAAUCUUGAUUCUUCGCUUAGUCCCGAGCUCCAUCAACAUCUAAAGUCGAAUAUGGGUCGUUCACGCGGGAAUUUUCAAGCUGCUGAUGAGGACCCUACCCAAAGGGAAAUGCAUGUCUGGGAAUCUGAUAAUCUGAUCUUAGUAAGAGAAAAACUGGGAUUAUGGACAAUGGGGCUCUUCCUAUCAAGGAGAAAGAAGAAUGCCUCCACUGGAGAAAAUUUAGAGUCAUCUUCUUUAGGUCAAGGUUCUGGUGAAGGGAAAAGGGCUUUAUACCAUUGCAAUUAUUGCAACAAGGACAUCUCAGGAAAGAUCCGAAUUAAGUGUGCUAUGUGUCCUGAUUUUGACUUAUGUGUAGAGUGCUUUUCGGUUGGAGCUGAGGUGACUCCUCAUAAAAACAGUCAUCACUAUAGGGUUAUGGACAAUUUAUCUUUUCCACUCAUGUGCCCUGACUGGAAUGCAGAUGAUGAGAUGUUGCUUCUUGAGGGAAUUGAGAUGUAUGGCCUGGGAAACUGGGCAGAAGUUGCUGAGCAUGUGGGGACAAAGUAUAAAGAACAGUGCAUUGAGCACUAUACGGAUGUAUAUUUGAACUCCCCAUUCUUCCCUCUACCGGACAUGUCUCAUGUGGUUGGAAAAAAUCGAAAGGAGCUCCUUGCAAUGGCUAAAGGACAUGGUGAGGACAAGAAAGGAUCUUCUGGGCUUGGGAACCAUGGUUUGAAGGAAGAGUCUCCAUUUUCUCAUUCAAGAGUCAAACUUGAAGAUAUGCAUAAAGGCGGUCCCUCUGGUAGAUUACUAGAUGUAGAAUCUGGGACACGCUCUGGCAAUGCAGUGAACAAUGUCCAUGUUAAAGAUGACCCCAUUAAAAAGGAAGAUCAAGCAGACCGGACUUCUAAGGGGAAGAAACCAAGCUCUUCAGGAAAUGAUGGUCCAUCUUUAAUGGAGUUGAGUGGUUACAACCCAAAAAGACAGGAGUUUGAUCCUGAAUAUGACAAUGAUGCAGAGCAAUUGCUUGCAGAGAUGGAAUUUAAAGAAACUGACACAGAGGAGGAGCACGAACUUAAGUUGCGAGUGCUGCGCAUCUACUCAAAGAGACUGGAUGAAAGGAAGCGGAGAAAGGAUUUCAUACUUGAAAGAAAUUUGCUACAUCCAAAUCCUUUCUACAAGGACCUGUCUCCUGAAGAGAUAGCACUUUGUAGGACUUACGAUGUCUAUAUGCGCUUUCAUUCAAAGGAAGAGCAUGAGGACCUGCUUCAAACUGUGGUUAAUGAGCACCGAACUUUAAAAAGAAUUCAAGAAUUGAAGGAAGCCCGAGCUGCUGGUUGUCGUACAUCAACAGAGGCAGACAGAUAUCUUGAAAUGAAAAGGAAACGGGAAGCUGAAGAGUUAUCCCGGAGAGCAAAAGAUGGUGCCCAGGUUGGUCCAAGCAGUCAGGGAGGUCCUAGUGCAUCUACUGGACAGGGUUCAUCCAGCAGUGUCAAUGAUCUGGACAUGGGAUUCCAGGAAACCCAAUUACUGUCUGAAUCCGACAAGCGCCUGUGCAACGAGGCUAGAUUACCUCAUCCAGUUUAUCUUAAGAUGCAACAAGUUAUCACGGAGGAGAUCUUCAGCGGCAACAUCACCAAGAAAUCCGACGCUCAUCGCUUGUUCAAAAAGAUGGACCCGAGCAAGGUUGAUAGAGUUUAUGAUAUGCUGGUGAAGAAGGGACUUGCUCCGCCAUGAGACUCAAUUCCUGUUCUUAUUCACAACUGGAAAUUACUCUAUGUUCUCACCAUUUUCCAAAGCAAUGAAGAUAUGCUUUUCCACGGCUAUAUUCAGGUCUUAAGCUGCGAGUGGAUGGCACCCAUAAUGGUUUUUUAUCCAUGACAACUAAAAUCUAUGUGGGAAAACCAGUAGAUUGCAGGAAUGAAAUUUCCUUGGCGCU